UAUGCACAUAGCUCAGAAUACACGUGACGAUAGCAUCGACACACUGGAUUUGAUUUUCUCAGAGCUGAGUGUGUACCCGCAAUGAGCUUAGCGCUUCUCCAAAGCUAUUCUUCGGCCGAAGAAGACGACGAGAACGACCAUCUCCAAUUCCAAAAUUCCUCAGAUGACGAGGAAGAAAACGACGACGUUUCAAGGAACAACCGUUCGGUGGGCAACAAACCCUUGUUCGACUUCUCAAAACCCUCCCCCCUCGCCUCCGGUGCCGGAUCUUCCCUUCCGUCGGCACUCGACGCAUUCUCCGAAGUUUCAGGGCCGCCGCAGUUUCUGAACAAUUGCAUUGAAAAACCAGAUUCGGCUGCUAGAGAUGACGGGCACCGAUGGCGUGGCCGGAGAAACCGCAAAGAGAGAAAAGAUCUACCCGCCGGUGCUGUACUAGAGUCCAAAGCACAUUUAGUUGGAAUCCAUGAGCGAGUAAGAAGUGAUAUUGGGGGUAACUCUGCUCCAACAUCGUCAGAUCAAGCUCAUGGUUCUUUGAGCACAACACAAGGAGUCAAGCGUGUUGCAACUGCAAGCAAUCCAAAUGCAGAAGAUGCGGCAGAGCUUCUAAGGAUGUGCCUGCAAUGUGGUAUACCCAAAACAUAUUCUAGUGCACGUGGAAUGGUCUGUCCUGUUUGUGGUGAUCGUCCUCCUGCUGACACAGACAAAGAGGCAGCAAAGAAGAAGGGUUCUGCCAUUAAAGACAAAGAGAAGAGUAAGAGGAUGAAGGGCCAGUCAUCACAUGCUACGUGGAAAAGUGAGACAGAGAUGCAGCUUCGACAGCAAUUUGAUUAGAACUUGAAGAUCACUUUCAGAAAAUACCCGGGUAGUGUGACAUGUUGUAGGAGUAGAAUUCUAUAAUUAAAACUAAUGGACUGCUGCAGUUGAACAUCAUUGGUUUAUUAGGGAAUGUACAAUGUACAUUACGCUUUUGACUUUCUUGUAUUCUUGUAUUCGAAGAUGAAACUAUGUUUGCCUGGAUUAUCUGUGGUUAUACUGUGUAAUUGGUUACAGAUUUUAGAAUUGAAUAUCAAAUUGAAACCU